AUGGACCUUCUACGGCGUGACCUCAAUACUAUCAGCAGUACCUGGCAAGAGCAGUUCGAUGCGGCCUUCAAGGCGUUAGAGGUGACCAACAAGGAUAUUGCAGUUGUGAAGAAGGCGCGGAACAAGUUGGUGGAUAGUGUGAGACAGGAGCUAGCCUCUCUGUUGGGUAUGAGUAGAGAGAUCAAGAUGCUGCGAGACGAGCGACACGAGGUAGCUGCUAGCAUAGGCAAACUGGUGGAACAACUCAAGACAGUUGAAGGUGUGAGCAACGAUGCGGCUCCGAUCGAAGGCGGAGCGGUAUCGCCAUUCAAGGUGCUACAAAUGCAGCAGCCUGAGCGUGGUAACUUCCCUUGUGGUACCGGAAGGCAUGCUUGCCGCGACAGGUAUACAGUCCCAGUUGGACCAGAACACGCCGAUGACCCGCCGGACCAACCCGAAUACGCCACCAGGAUCAGCUCAGCUCCAUGGAUCCUCACGGGCUCGAUAGGCCUCAUCUGCCAAGCCAUUGACUUCAGUCGUUUCAGGUGA